CCGACAAUUCCGACUCCGGCGAUGUUUGUGCGUACCUGGCACGACUACGGUCCCACUGUCGCGCUCGUCGUCUCUGUCGUCGCGUGAGAAGGUUCCGCGGACCAGGACAUUACCGCACGGUGCGAUAGCGUCCCGACAAUAACGAGCGUGCCCGUCCGAUCUCAGCGCGACAUGUCAAGUCAAAUAUGUCUAAAGUGGAACAGUUUUCUCAGCAAUAUCGCCACCAGCUUCGAGAGCCUGUGGGAGGAAGAGGGCCUGGUGGACGUGACUCUCACGAGUGACGGACAGUGCCUCACCGCGCACAAGGUGAUACUUUCGGCCAGCAGUCCCUUCUUCAAGAAGGUCUUCCAGACAAAUCCAUGCCAACAUCCGGUAAUAAUACUUCAGGAUGUACACUUUAGCGAAUUGGAGGCAUUAUUAAUAUUUAUAUAUAAAGGAGAGGUAAAUAUUGAGCAAAAGAAUUUACCAGCACUCUUAAAAGCAGCAGAGACAUUACAAAUUCGAGGCUUGUCUGGUGGAGAUAUUUUUGCAAAGGAGUCUUACAAACGAUUAGCUGAACUAGAACAAGCUGUGGCUGAAGAAGUGCCGCUGAAUAAGGAAGAGGCACCUAAAAAGAAACAGAAAGUUAGCAGCAAACAACAAAAUAAUUCUAUCUUGGAAAAAGCACUAACACCUAAAAUAUUGCAAUCGGAAAAUACAAAUGAAUCCGCUGCCAGCGAUCAAAGUGGGAAAGAUGGAGAGUACAUGUUACCAGAAACGUUACCUAAUCCAGUAUAUCAUCGAUUGGAGAUGAAAAUAGAACCAUUGGAAGUGACGGUAGACGAUCUCCAGAAACAAUCUCCGUUAGAUAAGGAUCCAGCAGAAAGGCUAGAUACAGGACAAGCAGAUGGGAAUCAAGGAUCGUCGAAGCCGAUUGUGACAGUAAUAGCCGAAGCUCGUCAUACUUCCCCAGAUCCAGAAGCAUACAGGAGAGAUUCCUUCGCAGAACGGAGUACGUUGUGGAAUGUCUCGAAAAUAUUGGAGGAUCCAUUAUCUGAUUUACCGAAUUAUUCUCGUGCUGAACAAUCAUUAGAUCAACCGGAAUCCUCGAAUUUUCUGGGACACAAUUCUGGAGUUUUGCAACCCAGUUUUCCCACGUUUGUCGAAUCCUACAAUACAGAUACAUCAGAAGAGACUUUAAAAGGGCCAGCAUAUCCACCAUUUCCUUGUCCUUUUUGUGAUAGGGCAUAUACGAGUUGGGGCUUUCGUAGAAGGCACAUAAAAGCUGUGCACACUAUUUCUCCAUCUCUUAAUUGCAAAUGGUGUUUACAAAUUCUCCCUACGCAUGCAGCUUGGAGACGACAUGUGAUAUCAGCGCAUAAUUUAUCAGCCAGUGACGCACAUAAUGGUCUCUUAAUUUUGGAAGAAGCACAUAUGGUCCUGCAAAUAGUGCGUCCUACCAAAUUGGAUACAUUGGUUAACAUUAUUAAGCAAAGUUCACAACAAAAUUGUGGUCAUGAUAACACUCAGCCUGAUAAAGAUUAGGUAAUAAUUAUAACAGUUUAAAUUUUUGUAUAUCAAGAAAUUAUCUGUAUUCCUAAUCUUUUAAUAAAAUUCAUAUUGUUGAUGAUACCAUCGUGUUCGA